ACGAUCACCCCUUUUCUCCUGGGUGAUUCUUGUUUCCUGGCUGGUAAAGUGCAAAGGCUGAAGCGACCCCUUUUGCACCUGCAGCUGGGCAGUUCCUCUAGCUGCUGCUCUCGCUGGGCUCCAGAGGGUCGGUGGGAUCAUUUUUCUGCCAUGGAUUAGCAAUUUCUCUCUCUCUCUCCCCUCUCUCUCAGCUGCCAGGGUAACAGAUACAGCAGCAUGACUUCAGUCAGCCCACUCCUGGGGCUAUUUUUAGGUCUGCCUGGGCUGAUGAACAGGAGAUGAAAUGACAAUCUCUCUCUCUGAGCCCUCAGCUGCCUUUCACCACCCGUGCACCAGGAUUACAAACUGAAGGUUGGCUGCCCGUUGCCAAGAGGGAAGCUCUGGAGUCCAGAUCAUGUAGAAGAGCAGAUUUCGUAUGAAGAUGGGAUUGUUGGUGUUUAUGCGUAACCUGCUGCUAGCCCUUUGUCUCUUUCUGGUACUUGGAUUUCUUUAUUACUCUGCGUGGAAGCUGCACCUCCUCAGAUGGGAGGACACAAAUUCAUUGGUUCUUUCCUUUGACUCCGUUGGACGUACAGUAGGCUCAGAAUAUGACAAACUGGGCUUUCUUCUGAAGUUGGACUCAAAACUGCCUCCAGAACUAGCAUCAAAGUAUGCAAAUUUCUCUGAGGGAGUUUGCAAACCUGGGUAUGCAUCAGCGCUCAUGACUUCCAUCUUCCCAAAGUUCUCCAAGCCAGCACCAAUGUUCUUGGAUGAUUCCUUCAAAAAGUGGGCACGGAUCAGGGACUUUGUACCUCCCUUUGGAAUUAAAGGACAAGAUAAUCUUAUCAAAGCCAUCUUGUCAGCAACCAAAGAGUAUCGCCUCACUCCAGCCCUUGACAGUCUCAGCUGCCGGCGAUGUAUCAUUGUGGGAAAUGGAGGAGUUCUUGCAAAUAAGUCGUUGGGGUUGAAAAUCGAUGACUAUGAUGUUGUCGUCAGGCUGAACUCUGCUCCAGUGAAGGGUUUUGAAAAGGAUGUGGGUGGCAAGACAACGCUGAGGAUCACGUACCCUGAAGGGGCCAUCCAGAAACUGGAGCAGUAUGAGAAGGACUCCUUCUUUGUUCUGGCCGGAUUCAAGUGGCAGGAUUUCAAGUGGCUCAAAUACAUUGUUUACAAGGAGAAAGUGGUAAGACUUGGUCUGUGUCACUAGGUGGGGAAAUAUUAGUAUGCCAUGAUUUUACCGACAGCAUUUGGAUCUGGGCCCUGUUUCUCUUUCUGCCCCUGCCCAGGUGUCUGCAACACAUUGGAUGGUCUGUCACUUCCAUGGACCCUGUUUUUAAUGGAAUACGCUUUGUAAUGCCAGCUCAGUGAAUCUGGCUGCCACUGUAUAAUCUGGGCUCACACCAUAAGAAUGUAAGAAUGGCCAUACUGGGUCAGAGCAAAAGUUCAUCUAGCCCAGAAUCCUUUCUCUGACA